AUGAUAGCCCAGCCCACGGCGGCAGAGCCGGGACUGGGAGCCUGUCCGUCCGUCCGUCCGUCCGUCCGUGCGUGCGGCGGGCAGGGAGCGCUGCCCCCUCCCCGUCCUGCACAGCCUGGGCGCGCUCGGUGGCGCCGGGCGAGCGAGCAUCAUCCCUCCAGCCCCCGCCGCGGAGUGUGGACGCUGUUACUUUCUGGGGGAUUGUGUUUCACUCCCUGCCCUUUCUCCCUCUGCCCCUUUGGGUUUUCCAGGCCUACGUUCCUGGUGGCAGUUCCCUGGAACAUCAGGCCUGGAGCAAACGUGACUGUUGGGGUAACUCUGCUGCCGGACAGCCCAGCCCAGGUCACUGUAAGGGGAGAAGUGAUCAGAGAUAACGAGACAAUCUUGAGAGGGGAAAUGGUCUUUGAGAAAGAUUCCUUUGGGACUCUUGUUCUUCCAGUACUGCCUUUGAACAGUGCUUCUGGGAAUUAUGAAUUACUGGUGGAAGGCCAUGCUGAUGGCCGGCGCAUCUUCUCUAACCGUACCAGCUUGAUGUACAUGUCAAAGAGCAUCUCUGUAUUCAUCCAGACUGAUAAAUCUAUGUAUAAACCGGGACAAGAUGUGAUGUUUCGGAUUGUCACUGUCUAUCCUGAUCUCAAACCUUACAAAGCGUCUCUGAAUAUAUAUAUCCGAGACCCUCGGAAGAAACUGAUUCAGCAGUGGUUGAUGGAGGAGGGCGAUUUGGGCGUAGUUUCCAAAAAAUUUCAGUUAUCAAUGAACCCUCCACUAGGAGACUGGUCCAUAGAGGUGGAAGUGAAUGGUCAAGUUCAUUAUCAAAGAUUUAAAGUGUUGGAAUAUGUCUUACCAAAAUUUGAUGUUACGAUAACAACACCAUUAUACUACUCUUUGAGAGAAGAAGAUGUAACUGGUGUUGUCACUGCAAAGUACACCUAUGGAAAGCCGGUAAAGGGAACUGUAACGGUCACUUGCCUUUCUGUCUCUUACUGGACAAACAAGAGAAAUAUAACAACAACAAUGGAGAUAAAUGGAUCUGUGAAUGUAACCUGUAACAAGCUUAUGUUGCAAAACUUGAACACUGAUCAGUCGUGGCACCAAGGUGACAGUGAUUACACAGAGCCAAUAGAAAUUAUUGCAGUGGUUACUGAGUUGCUCACAGGAAUCUCCCAAAAUUCAAGUACCAUCAUAUUUCCAAAGCAAAGUGACUAUUUUAUUGAAUUUAUGGACUACUCUAGAGUUAUAAAACCUUCUCUGAACUUCAUAGCUACUCUAAAGGUGACACGUUCUGAUGGCAACCAGCUGACAGCUGCAGAGAGGCAGAAUCUUGUCACAAUCACUGCACAACAGUCAGACCUGCUUUUUCACCACUCUUCACUUUCUCACCUUGAGAAUGAGGCAACAGAGGAGAGAAAUCUGACAGUCCAUGUCCUGAAUUACACAGUCCCAGAAAAUGGAAUAAUUGAUAUUGAGUUUCCAAUCCAGUCUGAUACAAAAACUCUGAGAGUUCAGGCAGAGUUCCUCAGCAGUAGGACUGACAUAGGUGUUUAUGAUGUGUUCAGCUCCCCUAGCCAGACUUAUCUCCAGGUUAAAACAAAGAGCCAGGAUAUAAAGGCUGGGAAGCCUUUUGAGCUGAGCAUUGCAAGCAACAAGCCAGUGAGAGAGUUCCACUAUAUGGUGUUAUCUAAGGAACAAAUUAUGGCUUUUGGCACAAAGGCUGCAAAAACAUUCACUUUAACAGCAGAAAAUUCCUGGGCUCCUUUGGCAUGUAUACUUGUAUUCUAUGUUGAUGAUCUUGGAGUGGUUGUAAAUGAUGCUCUCACUAUCCCAGUUCAGCCCGUUCUGGAUGACAAGAUUAAAAUCUCUUGGAGCAAAGAUAAGGUCAAGCCAUCUGAGAAAGUGUCCCUUAAAAUCAGUACAACAGAACCAGGAUCAGUAAUUGGACUUGCAGUGGUUGAUAAAAGUACAAAGCUUCUAGGAGAAAGUAGCGAUAUAACGGAAGAUUCUAUCUUCCAUGAGCUCAAUUUAUACAGCACAGUGCAGUAUUUCCCCCUGGUCAGAGGUUCUUUUGGUGUCUUUCAGAAAUGCAGCCUUUGGGUAUCAACUGAUGCAAUUCUUGAGGAGGAUAAGGAACAUUUUCUUUAUGGUGGAAUGAUACCCAUAGAGGAUGGUUUUGGUGAUGAUAUGCCGGUGUCUAAAAAUGGACCUCCUGAUUUCAGCAAUCUGUAUGUGAGGACACAUUUUCCAGAGACUUGGCUUUGGAUCGACACUAAAACUAGGUCUGACACAAACACCACAAUGGAAGUCAUUGUACCUGAUACCAUCACAUCCUGGGUAGCCAGUGCUUUUGUGAUGUCUGAAAACAGUGGGCUUGGAGUGACGACUGCUCCAGUGGAGCUAGAAGCUUUUCAACCUUUCUUCAUUUUCCUGAACCUUCCAUACUCCAUCAUCAGAGGAGAGCAGUUCAUUUUGGAAGUGAACAUCUUUAAUUAUUUGAAAGAAGAAGCUGAGGUUACUGUGAUCCUGGAUAUGAAUGAUGCUUUUGAAAUUAUUCUAACAUCCAAUGAAAUAAAUGCUACAGAAGAUCAACAGUCUGUAUCUGUACCAAGUGAGGAUGGGAGAACUGUUCAAUUCCCAAUCAAACCGAAACAGCUGGGAGAGAUUCCUAUCAAAGUGACAGCAGUGUCAUCUGCUGCUUCUGAUGCUAUCGUUCAGAAAGUUUUAGUAAAGGCUGAAGGGCUGGAACAGACAUAUUCUCAGACAGUCCUUUUGGAUUUGACUGGGAAUAAACCACAAGCAGUAUCAAAAACUUUGGAUUUCACUUUUCCUUCUGAUGUUGUAAGUGGCAGUGAGAGAGUGCAGGUCACUGCUGUUGGUGAUUUACUUGGGCCUUCUAUCAACGGUUUGUCGUCAUUGAUUAAGAUGCCUUAUGGCUGUGGUGAACAGAAUAUGAUCAAUUUUGCUCCAAAUGUUUAUGUUUUGCAAUACCUGACUAAAACCAGGCAGCUGAGAGAAGAUAUUAAAUCGAAAGCUGUAUCAUUUAUGAGAAAAGGCUACCAGAGAGAGCUGCUUUUCCAGAGGGAUGAUGGCUCUUUUAGUGCCUUUGGAAAUGAAGAUCCCUCUGGGAGCACAUGGUUAUCAGCUUUUGUAUUAAGAUGUUUCCUUCAAGCUCGUCCAUUCAUAGAUAUUGACCAAGAUGUACUCAUGGAUACAGCUAAAUGGAUUGUCCGACAUCAGAAAUUAAAUGGAGAAUUUCAUGAGCCUGGGAAAGUGUUACACAGUGAUCUUCAAGGAGGCACCAAUAAUCCAGUCACUCUCACAGCUUACAUCAUGUCAUCCCUUCUAGGGUUCCCAGAUAAACAGCAUGCUUAUGUCAUCAAGAGUGCUACAAACUUUUUAGAAGAUAAAUUAGAAGAAGGCAUUUCGGAUAAUUACACUUUGGCACUUGUGACAUAUGCAUUGUCCUGGGCAAAAAGUACAAAAGCAAAGGAAGCACUGAAUAUACUGAACCAGAGAGCAGAACACCAAGGAGAAUUUCGUUUCUGGAUAACCCCUGCUUCUGAAAUUUCUGAUUCAUGGCAGCCACGGUCCAUCGAUAUUGAACUUGCAGCAUAUGCUCUGCUCUCACACUUUCAUCAAGACAGAUUCACAGAGGGGAUCCCUAUUAUGAAAUGGUUAAGUCAGCAAAGAAAUCACCUUGGGGGAUUUUCAUCUACUCAGGACACAGUGGUGGCUCUGCAAGCCUUGAGUCUAUUUGCAGCUCUCACUACUACAAGCAAAACAGAAAUGGAUGUAACAGUGACAGUACCUUCUCUGAAAACGCCAGAAACAUUUUCAAUUGAUACUCAAAACCGUUUUCUGCUUCAGACCAAGGAGAUUGCCCCUGCACAACCAAUGACCAUUACAGUGGCAGCAGAGGGAACAGGAUUUGCUGUCUUUCAGCUUAAUGUUAUUUACAACACAAAACACAGUGAUCAGAUGCUCAGAUCUGUCCGGAAACAAGAAGCCUUUGACUUGAAUGUUGAUGUAAAAGAUGACAAAGACGAUAAAAACCAUUUGACCCUGAAUGUAUGCACAAGGUACUUGGGUUCUGGCACAGCUCCCAGUAGUGGUAUGGUCCUCAUGGAGGUUGGCUUACUCAGUGGUUUCUCUGUGUCACCGGAUUUCAUUCCUUUAGACAAUAUAGUUAAGAAGAUGGAAAGGGACAAUGGAAAAGUCAACUUAUACUUAGACUCUCUAAAUGAAACACAGGUUUGUGUGGAUAUUCCGGCUGUGAGAGACUUCAAAGUGGCAAAUAUUCAAGAUGCUUCAGUGACUGUAGUGGAUUACUAUGAACCUAGGAGAAGAGCAGUGAGAAGCUACAAUUCAGAAGUAAUGCAAAGUAUAACCCCUUGUGACUUCUGUGAAAGUGAUUGCAGUCUUUGCCACCGAGAUGGUUCUCCAGCCUUGCUUCAGCACUCUUCAUUGGCCUCCUUGUUCUGCGUGCUGUUUGUCCUUCAUGUAAACUUGCUGUGCAGUUGGGUGCUGUAAAAGGAAACAGAUUAUGUUUCACAUCUAAGGUUUCUAUAAAUUGUCCAAAGAAAUUUUCAGAUACCAGCCCAUCUGUAGUGAUUACAGUGACCGAACUCCUACUGCGUUCAGGGAGAGCUGGGCUGGCCCAUACGUUAAAUUUCUGGCUGUGCCAGAAAACUUCUUUAAGCAUCUGCUGGAAAAACUUUCCAAGUGUUAGUUUCAUACUGAAAUUAUUUUCAGAAGAAGCACAGAGUUACCGAGAAAGCAGUCUGAGAAAAUAUAAACCUAGCUUCCGUGUUCCCACUCCCUUUUUUCCCCCAGCUUUGUGCUUGUUUUUUAGGAAUGUAUGUUAGUUUACCAUCUUUUCUGAAACACUCUCUGCUCCUCUGUUGGGGUGCUGGUAAGCAGAGCACUGGGAGCUUAGUAUCAGAGCUUGCUUUGUUCUGUUCUGCAGGCAUGACACAACAUUAAUAUUGAAUUUCACUGUGUGCUCUCAUGGGGAAUAAUAUGAAAAAGAGCAGAUCCAAGAGCCAAAAAGUGCUGCAUUCACAAACUGCUGAAUGCUCCAGAAAGUUGUCAGUCUUUUUUUUAUCAUUACAGAGAAGCUCCAUGGACUUUUUUGCCAAUUCAUAAGCUAAUCAUGCUUAAAAAUAAGGCCUCGGGAUGUUCUUAUGCAUUUUACUCUGAAAGACUUUUACUGUAAAUGUAUCAAAGAUGGAGUCUGGUUUAGACUUCAUUUUUCCAGGGUUAUUCAGAAGCAAACCUAGUUCUCUUUUCAUGUGAGAAUGCUGGUGUCACUGGCAUAUUUAUGGCCAGCAGGAUGAAAGCUGCUUUGAUUCUUCUCUGGUUUUUGGAAGUCUGCUAGAAAGAAUUUGGGGCAUCAUUUACAUCUUGUGUUUGCAGUGUUGUCCUGUCAAUGGUUUAAGUGGCAUAACCCUGAAGAGCUGUUUACUGCUCUCUGUGCCAUGUUAGCUGGUUGGCCCUGAAUGCCAUCUGUGCAUGCAACUCCUGUUGGUUGGCGGGAGAGACUUUUAGGAGGUGUGAGCUGCACGUGCAUUCAGUCCAGCAUAACAGUUGACACAUUUGCUUACCUUUAAGCACAUCCUUGUGUGCUUAUAAGUGCUUUGCUGAAGUGGAGUUGAGGAGAGAGAUGGUGGCGAGCAACAAGCACUUUUAUACCCAAAUUACAGGUCUCUGUGAAUGCGGAAAUGCGUGAGCUUGGGAGCUCUUCCCUCCUGAGUGAGUGUAUUGAACGUCUUCCCUAUUUGGUAGCCCAUUUAUCCUUCUUGAACACUGCCUGUGAUAUCCAAUACUUAAUUCUUUUUGGUAAGGAAGCCAAGCUGAUAACAUUCCUAGUUACUAAAAUGAAGUUAAUAGCUGUCAUGCUGACUAACAGAGGUAGACAUUUUAAGACUAUUGAUUCCCUUUCUUUACCUUUUUCAGACGGAGUGUGUAUGUGUGCACAUGUAAUAAUAUGUCAGUCACUUUCCUUGAGCAAUUUCUAAUUUUUAUUCAAAUUUUGCUACUGCUUGAAAUGUAUAUUUUUGUAUUCUGUGCUCAUCUGUACUUUUGUUCACAAAGGAAAUUAGUGGAUGGUAGCAUGGGAAGAGGCCUGAACUUCCCAAACUGAGUGCCUUCUAAUACCAAGGUAUAGGUUUUUAACCGCAAGUCUAGUUUAGGUGGUAACUAGUAAAACUAGUUAUUUGUUUUACUUUUGCUAUAUUUAGAAGGUACAAUGUUUUUCACAAACUUAGGGUUCUGUUCUGUCUUUGGCAGAUCUUAGGCCUGGUUCUUUUUAGUCACUUCACGCUUUUCACUUGUCUUUGGUGCACUUUGGAUCUAGCCCCUUGAAUAGUAGUUUAGUGCCUAGUCUGCUUUGACCCACAUGAAGUAAUACUGUAUUUAUUGAAACCCAAAGCACUACUUAGUCAAUAGGAUGCAGGACCUGAACCUCUGUAAGCCAUGCCCGUGGUUACAUGGGUCCAAAACUAAUAGAAACCAAGGUACAAAUUGAAACACAUCAUUGCAUCUCAAAUCCUUUACCCAUGUAUGGGAACAUAGAUUAAAUUGUGCCAAGUGUAAGAUCUGGAAAACAUUCACACUCUUAAACUGGAAUCUGUUUUGCUGUGGGUUUGCUUUUUUGAUGACCUAUGAAAACAGGUCGUCUUUUGCUUUUGAGGACAGCAACCUUGACAUGUCAUUUGACUCGAUUUAAUAUCAUUUCAAGAACCCAAAGCUCACAUACUUUCAGUUUUUACUCUAUGUACAGCUUCUAAGAGGGACAUUGAUCCCUGAUUAAUGUUAGGAUAAAGAGGUGUAUUUUCUAGAAUGUACUGGAGAGAAACUACACCUUUGCAGUAGAUAGUAGGAAUAAAUUAGUUUUAUUUUGCAGGCAGUCCCAGCUUCCCAAAUAUUCUCCAGAAAAAUGGAUUUAAACUGCCCAGCCUAAUUUCAGACAGUUCAGCUUUUAUUAGUAUUCCCUUACAUUUGUUUUUGAGACAAACAGCACAUGUUUUUAAAUGACUCUUGGCUGCCUUGCACACCAUACUAAGAAGCAUCAGUCAUAAUGCACCAUGUUAUGGAAAUUGUCAGAGUCAGUGAACAAAUAUCCUCUUUUAUUUUACUUUUCUCUAUACAGCAGGCAUAUCAUUAAAGACAUCCAAAUCUGCCUCUGUACUAAAUUAUUUUAAAGGAGCAGUGUACAUUUUAUGACCUUAAACAAAUGUUUAUACUACGUGGCCUUUAACAUUCCUACACCAAUGCCUUCAGCCACUUUGGAGUUGUGGCUAGUGCUUUGAAUGAGUUGCAGAGGAUAAGUUUUGUAUUGUGUGUUGGCAGUGAAUCGAACAGAGGAAAGGGAAAUUAUGUGGCAUAGUACUUGUUUUGUUUUCCUCAUGGUUAUAUAGGAACCUUUACAGAAAUGCUCAGCAUAACUAUGUUUUUCCAUUGUUCUAUAAAGUCGGGUUUUGAUGUUAGAGGGGAGAUGCUCCCACUGAAGUUAUUAGUCAUGGUUUGAACUUGGCUGGUGGCCAGUCACCACUCAGCCAGUCACUUACUUUUUCCCCCCUCCUCAGCGAAACAGGGGAGGGACAA